CACUGAGUCUUGGGAUUACCCUGUUGUGUCUGUCCAGUGCACAUGCAUUCUAUGGACCCGGGGAUGAUGUUGUUGAACUCACACCCAGCAAUUUCCACAAAAAUGUCAUAGAUGGUAAAGAACUCUGGCUGGUGGAAUUCUAUGCUCCUUGGUGUGGACACUGUCAAUCUCUAACCCCUGAGUGGAAGAAAGCAGCUUCAGCUCUCAAGGGCAUUGUGAAGGUGGGAGCCGUCAAUGCUGAUGAGCAUCAGGGCCUGGGAGGUCAAUAUGGAGUUCAGGGCUUCCCUACAAUCAAGAUAUUUGGAGCUGAUAAAUUUAAACCCACAGAUUACCAGGGUGGACGUACAGCUCAGGCCAUUGUUGAUGCUGCCUUGAAUGCUGUGAAUAGUUUGGUAAAAUCCAGGCUGUCUGGCAAAAGUGGAAGUAGUAGUGGUGGUGGUGAUGGAAGCAAGAGUUCCGGAUCUGGCAGUGGCGACAGCAAAGAUGUGAUUGAACUGACAGACAGCAACUUUGAAUCGCUAGUUCUCAAGAGCCAGGACAUGUGGUUGGUGGAGUUCUUUGCCCCGUGGUGUGGGCAUUGCAAGAACCUGGCACCUCACUGGGCAUCAGCUGCCACUGAACUGAAAGGCAAGGUGAAGCUGGGAGCUCUGGAUGCUACUGUGCACACGGUUACAGCCAAUAGAUAUGGGGUCAGGGGAUAUCCCACGAUUAAAUUCUUCCCAUCUGGUAAGAAAGAUGGAGAAGCAGUUGAAUAUGAUGGGGGCAGGACCUCAGGUGAUAUUGUUCGCUGGGCCCUUGAUAAACUAGCAGAGAAUGUGGCGCCACCAGAGAUUCUUCAGCUGACGGACGACUCUGUACUACACACAGCUUGCGAUGAACAUCAGCUCUGCAUCAUCUCCGUGCUGCCUCAUAUCCUCGACUGCCAGUCUAAGUGCAGGAAUGACUACCUCAGUGUUCUGAGGAAGCUGGGAGAAAAGUACAAGAAGCAGCUGUGGGGGUGGGUGUGGGCGGAGGCUGGGCAGCAUCUAGCACUUGAGGAAAGUCUUGAUAUUGGUGGAUUUGGUUACCCUGCCCUGGCAGCUGUCAAUUCUAGAAAAAUGAAGUUUUCACUUCUAAAGGGCUCCUUCAGUGAAAGUGGCAUUAAUGAGUUUUUAAGGGACCUCUCUUACGGUAAAGGAUCGACGGCUCCCUUGAAAAACGCCAAGUUGCCCAAAAUAGAGACAGUCGAGCCAUGGGAUGGAAAAGAUGGAGUGCUGGAAGUGGAGGAUGAUGAUGUCAGCGACGUGGACCUUGAGGAUCUGGACAAGGAUGAGUUGUGA